CCACCCCACCCCACCCCGACCACUUGACCCUUUCACCCCACCACCACCACCAUGCCCAUCAAGCGCAUCACCGACCCAACCGACUUUGACGCGACGCUCGCGGCCCACUUUGAGGGGGAGUCCACCGGCCCGACAUACGUGGUGUUCAUCGGGUCGGAUGACCCCGGAACUGGCGAGUCGUGGUGCUCCGACUGCGUCAUUGCCGACCCGCUCAUCCGCCAGGGCGUUCGUGCCGUCCCCGGUGCCGUUCUCAUCGAGUGCCCUGUCGGCGACCGCGCGGUGUACAAGAACAACCCGGACCACCCUUACCGCGUCCACCCGCAGAUCGCGCUCACUGCCAUUCCCACCCUCAUCGCCUGGACCGCCGAUGGCCCCGGUGCCCGGCUCGUCGAGGAAGAGUGCGCGAGCGAGGAGGCCAUCGCAGAGCUCGUUGCCUCGAUCACGGCCUAA